CCCGCGCGUGCGCAGUUAUUCCUACCUCCCGUGGUCUACACGAGGCGAAGAAUCAUGGAGGGGUCAUCGUCUGCCUCUCCCGCGACUUCAGCCGACACAGCGACCGCCAUGCAAGCGACCCCGGCCGCUCUGGAACAUCUGGACCAAGAGCAGAUUAAAAGGGCGGUAGAAGUUCUGUUUGCACACUCCAAGUCAAGGAAAAAAAAUGAGUUGCUUAUGAAUGGGAAUGAGAAUUUAUUUUUAAUGGUGAUAUUAUGGAAAAUUCCAGCGAAAGAACUGCGAGUCCGAGUGCCUUUGCCUUAUAGUAUCCUAUCAGAUUCGUCAGAAGUCUGUUUGUUUACCAAAGAUGACUGUGAAUCACCUGAACAAACAGAAUGUUUCUAUAAAAAACUUUUGAAAAAGCAUGGAGUUAAAAACAUCUCUCGGAUUAUUCCUUUUAAAACUUUAAAAACAGAAUAUAAAGCCUAUGAAGCCAAGCUUCGCCUCUUGGGUAGCUUUGACAUCUUCAUUACAGAUGAAAGAAUUCGAAGGCAUUUGCCCACACACAUAGGAAGGCAUUUCUAUCAGAGGAAGAAAGUUCCAGUAUCUGUGAACCUUCUGGCCAAGAAUCUGUCCAAAGAGAUUGACCGAUGUAUCACAGGGACUGUCUUAAAUAUCUCCAAACAUGGUUCUUGCAGUACUGUGCGUAUUGGUCACACUGGAAUGGAGACUCAGCACAUUGUUGAAAACAUCCUGGCUGUCUCAAAAGUGCUUUCAGAAAAAUUGCCAGAGAAAUGGCCAAGUGUGAAACUCUUGUUCCUGAAAACUGAGAAGUCUGUUUCCCUUCCCAUCUUUUCCUCAUUUGUCACAUGUCAGGAUGAAAACACCUUAUCCUUCCGUAGCAUGAAAAGAAAGGAACUAAAGAAAAAAAUGAAGCAUGAAAAAGAAAAGUUGAAAAAGAAAAGCAAAGUGUUAAGGAAAAUGUCCAAGAAGGAUGACUUAGCAAGUGAAACCAGCAGUACUCCAGGGACGGCCACAAGAUCCCAGGAGGAAAAGCCCAGCAAAGUAAAAGCACAACCUGAAAGAACAGACGAGUGUGAAGAAACAAUUCCACAACUGGUACCAAUAGAAGAAAUACCAAAUAAAGAAAACAUGAAGAUGCAAGAAAAUGGCACAGGGAAAAAACCUCCAAAAAAGAGACCUGAUCCAGAUACCCUUAAGGGCAAGAAAAGGAAGGCCCUGCCAGCUACAGAGAUCCCAGGAGCUUUGGGGCCUGUCACCUCGGGGAAGAAACAAAAAAAAGAUGUUCGGGAAAUCAGAAAGCCAGGAGCCAAGUUCUUUACUCCCAGGAAAGCUUCCAACACACCCAAAGACAAAAAACCCCAAGUGGCCCACUCAAACUAAAAUCAGGUUCCUCUGCCUGAAGGAACUAUCAAGAAUACAUAGGCAGGGUGUGGUUGCACACACUGUGGGACAUAGAUAGGCAGAUUUGUAUGGGUUUGAGUCCAGCCUGGUUGCCUACCUGGUAGUUUAGGCCAGCCAGACUAGUGAGACAGACAAACUUGGCCAAGAUUGGUUGUGCACACCUACAUUCCUAACACUCAAGAAGCCAAGGCCACGGAGUCAUGAGCUUCAGCAAGAAUUUGUCACUAAAGGCCAAACUUCAGUUCUGGUUUGGUGGUGUAACACUUUGCUAGUAUAGGCAAGAUCCUGGCUUCAGUAUCCAGAACUUAAAAAAUACCACAUACCUGCACAUAAAAGGUCCCUACCCUAUUGCAGCCUUUUUCAACAAUGAUUCUUAUGCUUAAUGUUUUUGUAAAGUUUCCAGGAGUGAUUCUGAAUGUUUCUAUUCAUAAAAGUUAGUGGUUUGAGGCAAAAAAAAAAAAGGUAUUUUUUAUUUUUUGGUGUAUUUGCUGAUAAGAGUGCUUCUGUAUGUUUGUGGUUUUUUAAAUUAAAGUAUAACAUCUGCUUCUGGGCAAA